AUGGCCAUGGAGAUUGUCAAGCACGGCGAGGAGGAGGAGUUCGCCAUCAAGCCCCAGGCCUCUGUCCCUCACCUGGACACGAGCAGCUGGCCUCUGUUGCUCAAGAACUACGACAAGCGCAAGCUUCUUGCAGUUCUCGUCCGGACGGGUCACUUCACCCCCAUUCCGGCAGGAUGCAGCCCUCUGAAGAGAGACAUCAAGUCCUACAUCUCUUCCGGUGUCAUCAACCUUGACAAGCCCUCCAACCCCAGUUCCCACGAGGUUGUCGCUUGGGUCAAGCGUAUCCUUCGCGUCGACCGUGCCACCAGACUCGUCAAGUCCCAGCAGUCCGCUGGUAAGGAGUAUGUUGCCGUCAUCCGCCUUCACGACAAGCUGCCCGGCGGCAAGGUCCAGUUCGCCCGCGCUCUUGAGACUUUGACUGGUGCCCUCUUCCAGCGCCCUCCUUUGAUCUCUGCCGUCAAGCGUCAGCUGCGUAUCCGUACCAUUCACGAGAGCAAGCUCAUCGAGUUCGACAAUGAUCGCCACCUCGGUGUCUUCUGGGUUUCUUGCGAAGCUGGAACCUACAUCCGUACCCUCUGCGUCCAUCUCGGUCUGUUGCUCGGUGUUGGUGGCCACAUGCAGGAGCUCCGAAGAGUGCGCUCUGGUGCCAUGGGCGAGAGCAAGGAGAUGGUUACUCUGCACGACGUGCUUGAUGCUCAGUGGACCAUGGACAACACCAGGGAUGAGUCUUACCUGCGCAAGGUCAUCUCUCCCCUGGAGACUCUUCUCACUGGCUACAAGCGUGUUGUGGUCAAGGACAGCGCUGUCAACGCUGUCUGCUACGGUGCUAAGCUUAUGCUUCCCGGUCUUCUGAGAUACGAGUCCGAAAUCGAGGUUCACGAUGAGGUUGUUCUCAUGACCACCAAGGGUGAGGCCAUCGCCCUCGGCAUUGCCCAGAUGUCCACCGUCGAGAUGUCGACAUGCGAUCACGGCGUUGUUGCCAAGGUCAAGAGAUGCAUCAUGGAGCGCGACUUGUACCCCAGAAGAUGGGGUCUUGGUCCCCUCGCCUCCGAGAAGAAGAAGAUGAAGGCCGACGGCAAGCUCGACAAGUACGGCCGUCCCAAUGAGGCCACUCCCGCCAAGUGGGUGUCGGAGUACAAGGACUUCGGAGCUCCUGCUGGUGAGGCUGCUCCUGCAGCGGCGGCUCCGGCCACUCCCCAAAAGGCGGUGGAGUCUACGACAGCUACUCCCGUCGCAGUCACCCCUGCCAACGCCGAGGAUGAUGGCGAGUCCAAGAAACGCAAGAAGCACGAGGGCGAGACACCUGACGAGAAGGCGGAGCGCAAGCGUCGGAAGGCUGAGAAGAAGGCGGCCAAGGCCGCGAAGAAGGCAGCCAAGGGUGGUGCUGACGACGAUGACGACAGCGAGUAA